UGCUGAAAAAAAACAAACAGCCUUCACUGCCAGCAUUGUUCUCUGCAACAGAAAAGCAAAACAGGAAACUCAGAGCCCAUUUCCUUUCGAGCCACCUUUGGACUUCAUGUUUGAUCAUUUUCUUCAUCACAUUUGAUUUCAAAAAAUCUAGCUGGGACAAUGUUUAUGCAUUUUAUUCUUCUGGUUUCCUACUCACUUACUUUUCUGUGCACCCACCAAGUGUCCAGCUUUGAUCCUAGCUGCACAGAGUUUCCUGUGUUCACUCCAUCUGCACUGGUAGUGAAGUACGGUGACCCAGCCAAUGUUACAUGUGAUGUAUGUCAGAAGGACUGCAGGGGAGAUUCUUUUGGUUUGGAGACACCUGUAGGAGAAGUUAGACAAAAUGGAACCACGAUGAUCUGGACGGUUGACAGACUGACUGAAUGGGACACAUAUCUCAUCUGUUAUUAUAACACUGAUGAUGGUGAUCAGUGUACUAGCACUGUGGAUAUAACCAUCUACCAGCCUCCAGAAAGUGUCUCCAUCAGCUUUGUAAACCACACUGGGAUGAUGUUUGAGAAUCAGCAGUACACCCUGCAGUGUAGCGUACAGAACGUAGCUCCUGUUCAGAGCCUCACUGUGACCUUCUACAGAGGAAACACAGCACUGGGUCACCUACAGGCCAACAGUGAACAUAAGAAACCAGUGAAUGAGACCUUUACUCUGAACAUCACUCCCAGUAGAGAACAUGAUGGAGCCCAGUACUGGUGUGAAACCAAGCUGGAGCUGGGACCACCUACAUCACAGCGCCCUCCAGUGGUGACAUCAGAAAAACUCCCUGCUAUAGUUCACUAUGGGCCUGAGCUAAAGGAGCCACCAAAUCCAGAUGUGAUCACAAUCACAGAAGGAGACACUCUACACCUGAACUGCUCCUCUGUGGCAAACCCCAGCCCCUCAUACACCUGGACACUUCCAACAAAUAGUCCUUCCUACAGUGGCAGCGUUCUCACUAUUAAAUCUGUCGGCUUUGAGCAUGAAGGACAGUAUAUCUGCACUGUGAGCAACACAGUAGGGACUGUCACCAAGGAGUUUAACAUUGAUGUACAAGUUCUACAGUCAACUCCAUCCCAUAUAUAAUAGCUGG